AUGUCAGCAGGGAGAAGUGCUGACGGGAGGGAGGUGCAGAUUGCCCUUCAGCAGGUGGCGCCCUCCCUGGUCCCACCCAUUCCUCCUCUCAGUCACCGCCCAGCCAAUCCCUGGGUUCCAAGUGACCCUGGUGCUUCUCAAGGUGUUCCUACAGGUUUCGUACCUUUGCAUGGAGGCUUUAGAGAUCAUUUUGUAGAAACUCCAGAAGCCAAAUACUGCUGCGAGGCCUGCAGGCUGGUCCUGUGUCAGCCCUGGCAGACAGAGUGUGGGCACCGCUUCUGUCAGACCUGCGUCUCCGACAUUCUCAGUCACCCAAACCCGGUGUGUCCAGUUGACAUGGAGCCGCUGUUCAAAGAAAAGAUCUUCAGAGAUGUUUGCUGCCAUCGGGAGAUCAUGGCGCUGAAGGUUUUCUGUCGUAGUGAAGCUAACGGCUGCCAGGAGCAGAUGAGUCUGCAGCAGAUCCCAGACCAUCUGAAUGUUUGUCCGUUCUAUGAGGUUCCCUGUCCGCUGGGCAAAUGUAAAGAAAGGAUGAUGAGAAAAGAAAUUCCUGACCACCUGAGUUGGAAGUGUAAACACAGAGAGACCACCUGCGAGUUCUGCAUGAGCAAGAUGCCUCUUACUGACCUGCAGAAACACAAAGACACAGUAUGUCCAGCGUUCCCUGUUUCCUGCCCAAAUCACUGCUCCUUCUGCUCCCUGCUGAGGAGUGAGCUGUCCAGUCAUCAGCACGACUGUCCCAAAGCUGAAGUGGCCUGCCCUUUCUUUCGCUCUGGCUGCUCCUUCAAGGGUUUGAACCAGGAUAUGAGGCAACAUGAGUCCAAUUUUGCUGCUGAACACCUGAGGUUAAUGGCUGUCAGAAAUAACACGCUAGAAACGAAGGUAGAAGAUGUUAAGGGUGAACUGUUAGAACGGUACAAGGUGCUUCCAGCUCUCAGCAGCCGUGUGUCAGAACAGGAGAAGCAGAAUGAAGAGUUGAGAGACAAAAACCGGCAAUUGGAGCAGAAACUGACUGCCAUGCAGAAGUUGAUGAGCUCUCAUUCAGAGAAGCUUCUGGAGAUGGAGCUAGAGCUCCGUUCUUUGCGUCUGGUUCGGGAAGAGGUGGACAGCCUCCGCACGAGGGUUAACGCCCUGGAGCAGGGAGCACGCAGUGGAAGCGGCGGCUCCGCGCACACCCUAGAGACGCAGAUGAAUCGCCAUGACAACAUGCUGAGCGUCCAUGAGAUCCGACUGGCCGAUAUGGACCUGCGUUUCCAGGUUCUGGAGACGGCGAGCUAUAAUGGCACUCUGAUCUGGAAAAUCCGCGACUACAAGAGAAGGAAACAGGAAGCGGUGACAGCAAAGACACUGUCGCUGUACUCGCAACCUUUUUACACGGGAUACUUUGGAUACAAGAUGUGUGCCCGUGUGUACCUGAAUGGAGAUGGAACAGGAAAGGGAACGCACCUGUCACUGUUUUUUGUGGUGAUGAAGGGGGAGUAUGAUGCUCUCCUGCCGUGGCCCUUCAAACAAAAGGUGACUCUCAUGCUGAUGGACCAAGGUCCAUCUAAGAAGCACUUGGGCGAUGCCUUCAAACCUGAUCCAAACAGCAGCAGCUUCAGGCGCCCUGUGGCAGAAAUGAACAUUGCUUCUGGCUGUCCCCUGUUUGUUUCUCAGACCAUCCUGGAGACCGGCAGCUACAUUAAAGAUGACACCAUCUUCAUCAAGGUUACUGUGGAUACUUCAGACCUCCCUGAUCCAUGACCCCUGACCUUGCUGGUCUGUGAUCAGCUCACAUACUGAACCCAGUGGAACAAAGGAUGAUGGGAUAAAUCAGUGAUGGCGAAGGAUGCACAUUCCGGGGAGAGCAAGGACAAGAAAACAAAAGCAGAAGAAGAAGGACAGGAAGGGAUAGCAGCCAAUCACAGAGACCGGAGGGCUGGCCGACUUCUUAUUGGCUGAGGAACUACACAACAGUAGCUGUAUGUGUGUGUGCUUAUAUGUGUGCAAUUCCAGUUAUGAUGGAUUGGUGUUACCGUGACAUUACCAUGGUGAUGAUGACACUCUGCUACAGAGCAGCAAAUGGCAACAGAUCAGUGGGAGGAGCCAGCAUGCACCAUGUUGCUGGGAUAGACUGAGCAAACAUGUUGUUGUUGUUUUUGCUUAUCUGCUGUUAGUUACUGAUGCCGUGCAUCAAGCUUUUACGUGUUUAUAAUCUGUUUACCGAGACAUGCUGGGAACUUCACCAGAGCCGUGGAGGGGGCCCAGACAACAAGGAAGAAACCGGUAGACCGUAUUUCCGGUAGGAACCUGCAGAUUACCAGUAUAGAUCAGUGUAGAGUGGAAGAAGAUCCAAGUAGACGGUGAAAAACCAGAAGAGUCUCAUUUAAAGGCAGGGGAGGUUCUCAGUGAAUCCAGUCUGGGGGGGGGGAGACUUCCUGUGUGCCUCUGGUUUCAGUGACCUGGUUUUAUGAACGAGAGAAUUCAUUUGGUUCAUUUGCACAGUGUGAAUGUUUGUUGAGGUGUGAAAAUAAAAAGAAUGCACAAAGAA